UGAAAUUCAAAGAUGCGUGUUCAUGGCAUAUCUUUCUGCUUCAUCACGUAGGAUUCAUCAUCUCGUGACAGAUAUCCGCAGUGGACUUAAAGACGGCGGCUCUUAUGCCAGCGCGACCCAGUGACACGCCUUUUGCCCUCGCUGGGGAGUCUACCUUAAAUCAGUGACUCGGACUUACGGUGCACAAGUGACUAGCAUAUACCCAUGUCGUAUUCUUUCAGCCCGGGCCACGGCCUAAAGAUUCCAUAUCCUAAUACUUCCACGACCCUUACCACAGGACGGUUGCCGACAUCACAUUAUUCAUCUUCCGAGGAUACUGCAACCUUUACAACCUCAAGCGGAUCCUCAACGGGGCAAAUGGUAUCUGUGCAGGACACUACCUAUGUCGAGACAGAAAACAGCACACUGGCAUUCACUGUCACAGGUGUACAAAGCACAAGUGCAUCCUCAUCGCUGAGCACAAGUGCAUCCUCAUCGCUGAGCACAAGUACAUCCUCAUCACUGAGCACCAGUUCGUCAUCAUCGAAAAUCCCCACUCCAUCUAUGUCGUCAAGCACACUCGGCAGUACCUCUGUCUCGAGGACAGUCGAUCGUACGACAAUCGGCAUGGCUGUCGGGACUGUAAUAGGAGGGCUCUGUAUCGUGGGAGGGUUAUUGUGGUACUGGUGCCGACGAAAACGUGUACGGAUCAGGGUGCUGUUUGAGAACAACAUGGAUGAACCAGCUCCGGGCCCUAGGACUGAACCUUACUCUCAAGCGGCCACUGUACCUCCCACAGCGACGGACACGAUGACCACCGCGAAGGAGCCUGAAUACAUGGACAGCGAGCCGCAGAAUCCCUUCGUCGACGAGAAUGCGGUAGACCUCGUAGAGUCAGUCCCGCACUCCGCAGAUGCGGUUCCGGGAUUCCAGGAGCGCAUACGACGCCCGCCGAGCUCAUCGCGAGCUCUCCCUGGAGACGCUCCUCCCCCGUCUGCAACAAGCCCAUCCAUCUCCCCGCCUCCUAGCUUCGUGACGCAGCCGCCCUCGGAAAGCAAUCGGACGUCCUUUAACCAGCACGCCGACUCCGGUCUUCGGUUCUGCCCCGAUUUCGAAUCACAGGUCUCAGUGCCUCGGUGCCGCGUUGUCGACCUGCCUCCAGCGUACACGCCAAAUUAGUGGGUCUAUAGGCGGUGCGAGACGUGCCUUUUUGUGCGACAGAUGUAUGAUACCCAGCGCCACGAUGUGUUCAUCCUCGCUGUCUUUACCCUGUUUGGGGUCGAUUGGUUGUGCCGUAUCAUCGAAGAACGUUGUUUCCGUCCGAGUUUGUCGAACGUCGGAGAGGAUUCGAUGAGGCGUGCCUGGCGUCGCAGGGUGGCGCGUCCACGCCGUUGCGUCACGUCGGCCAAGUGAAGAUAGGCGCGAGCCAUACCGUACCUCGAGAAACGGUACAGUAAUUGGUCACCUUCAAAACGACAGACGAGUUCCU